UUCAACAUCAUCCCUCUGUCAACCAUCCCCACUCUCUCUCUUCCGUUAGCGCGCCUCCGUCCCUCAUCACUCCUCUUGCUCACCCGCCUUACUCUCUCUCUCUGGAUCUCCCCCAACCCCCCUUCUCUCUCUCUCUCUGCUGGAACGCACGUCCGGGGAUAAUACUCUUGCUCUCUCCGUCUUUUGCUGCUGCAGAACGGACCGUAAAGCUUCACGCCUUCAUCCUCUUCUUCCCUGCCAGACCGGGAACUCCGAUCAAGUCAAAGCUCUACUUCUGAGAUCUCUUGCUCCGGCUAGCAGAGAAAGAACCGUUUGCUGGAACAACACCUGUUUCCCUGUCUGUGUGAACACGGGAAUCCAGUUGGGCCACAGAGAGUUUACCACAAACAAGUUUGCACUGCUGAAAUCCAUCCAUCAGUAGAAAGGACAGUUUUUGAGGAGCUCAUUGGCAUUUAGACCUGAGGAGUGACACUCCACACAACCGACAGUGUCCUCAAGUGGGAAGGACUUCUCUACCCUCUGCUCUUUGGAGCUACUACAGUAGAGCUGGAACAUAGAUCACCCGUGAGGCUACUUUGGAUAAGUGGCAAAGAAAACAGAUGGAUGGAUCAUAGCAUUCUACAAAAUCUUUGCUUUUUUUUUAGCGCAAUAUGAAGAAUGCACAGUCUUUUAGAGGUGAGCUGCUCAAGCACAGAAAGAGGUGAUCUGAACUGAUGAAAGGCUCCUUGAAGGUGCUUCUUUCUUGGGUUACUGGCUGAGGUGUUAUACCCAUGUGCACGUGUGCAGGCUUUCAUUGCUGACAACUGGCACAUGAUCUGAGAACAUCAAAUUUGAGGCAUUCUACCUUUCGUCUGAGAGCGAGCACGUCCUCGUCGGUGCUGUCGAGUUAUACGGUUUUCCGGGGCCAUGAGUAGCUGCUGGGUUGACAGUCUCCAAAACCCUUUGACAUGGAACACCUAAAAUGGGGACAGGACUUGCUGCCAUGCUGCAACCUCAGCUCUAAUUGUUGAGAAGGAAGCCUUUACAUUGACUGCUCUGUCUAUUUAAACUUGCCUCCCGAUUUGCAUCGGUUCCAGCGUUGAACUUGAACUGCUGCUCUAUCCAUCCUUUCCCCGACCCCCCACCCUUCUACUGAGGUGGCACUCACACAUCCAAACCAUGGCCAGCAGACUGUCCCCUCUCUCUCCAGCCCUGUGUCUCUCUCUCCUGCUCCCUGCACUGUUGCUCCUCCACCUGUCUGGCACAGUGAAAGGGGAUUGCUGGCUGAUAGAGGGGGAUAAAGGUUACGUUUGGCUUGCUAUCUGCAGUCAGAACCAACCUCCAUAUGAGACCAUCCCCCAGCACAUCAACAGCACGGUGCAUGACCUGAGGCUGAAUGAGAACAAACUUAAGGCCGUGCUCUUUACCUCCAUGUACCGCUUUACAAACCUUACUGACCUCAAUCUAACCAAGAAUGAAAUCAGCUACAUUGAAGAUGGCGCCUUUGCUGGACAGGCCAACCUACAGGUUCUUCAGCUGGGCUACAACAAACUAACCAACCUGACUGAGGGCAUGUUGAGAGGUCUGGGUCGAAUGCAGUGCCUCUUCUUGCAACACAACCUCAUUGAGGUCAUUGCCACCAAUGCCUUCUGGGAGUGUCCCAGCCUCAACAGCCUAGACUUAUCUUCCAACAAGUUGGCCCGUCUUGACCCAUCUACUUUAACGGUUCUCAGCAGGCUGACAGUAUGUGAACUAGGUGGAAACCCGUUCCACUGUGGCUGCGAGCUUUACAGUUUUCUCACUUGGCUGGAUGAGUUUAACAAUGUCACCCACACCUAUGACCGUCUCCAGUGUGAAACACCUCCAGAAAUGACUGGUUAUCCACUCUUGAGCCCCGGGUAUGGAAAUGGAAGAAAUGCUCGGAACAUACUUUUAUCAAUGUGUCGUGAUGGUGUGAUAAUUCCAGGGAUGACCUCUCAGAUGCCAGAUCAAGAUGGCUCAGGGAUGGGUUUGGACCAAGACCAAGGUGUGUACCAUCAGCCAACCACCUCAUCCACUGCUGACCCUAUCUAUAACCCUCAAAUUUCUAUGAGGGUUCAAACACUCGCCCCGUACACUGCUUCACUAAUAGUCAAGAUCCCACAACCCUACAGUAAGAUGUAUGUUCUCUCCCGGUAUAACAACACUUCUCUUGAAGAGGACAUAUCCCUCAAGUCAAACAAAGCUACGAUAAUUUUGAAGGGGCUGAAACCACAGACCAAUUACACCUGUUGUGUGGCUUCUGUAAGGAAGUCUCAAAAGUACAACCACACCUGUUUGUCUUUUACCACACAACCUAUUGGGCCACUGGACCAACGAACGAAUCCCUCCACAACAACCCACUACAUCAUGACCAUCCUGGGAUGUCUGUUUGGCAUGGUCAUUGUUCUUGGAUUUGUCUAUUACUGUCUGAGGCGCCGACGCAUCCAGGAAGAGAAGGAAAAAGCAAUUAGUGUGAAGAAAACAAUUUUGGAGAUGAGGUAUGGCCCAGAAGCAGCUGCAGCUGUAGUCAAUGACCCAAAUGCCAUGCAGCGUCUUCAGGAGCAGGCUCACCACCAGCAUCACCAUUCAGGGGGUGCAGGAGCCAAGCUGCCCCAAUCUGCCUCCUCUAGCACAGGCAUGCUUCACGGUUCAGCCAACACCAGUUCUUCCCGCCUCUCCACCUUGCCACAGGUGGAAAAAAUGGCCACUGCCUUCUCUGAGGCUAUGGGUGGUAAGGGUAACUACAUGGAUAUAAGGACAACAGGAAUGGCAGGAGAAGGCAGGGAGGCAGUGAUGGCAGCUGGAGGAGCAGGGCCAGGAGGGGAAGUAGUUGUGGAUAUGCGAGGUGGAGCUGAGAAUGGGACAGAGGCUGGGGAGGAUUCAGAUGAUGACGGUCGUGGCUCAGCAUCAGAGAUCUCCACCAUUGCCAAGGAGGUCGAUAAGGUGAACCAGAUCAUCAACAACUGCAUUGAUGCCCUGAAGCUGGAUGCCUCAGCUAAUGCUGUGACCACAGCUGACAAUGCCAGUUCUGUGUCCUCCCAGCCUCCUUGCAUAGCAUCGCUCCCGCGCAACCUUCUCCCCCUCUCUCCAGGUCACCCUGGAGAUCAGAUCAUGGCCUCCUCUCCAAAGGUGCACCCUAAGCCUCACCUUCAACCUCAUCCACAGCCUCAUCCUCAGCCAAUUCCUCAACCACAUCCUCAGCCACAUCCUCAGUCCCAUUCUCAGCCCCAUUCUCAGCCUCAUCCACAGCUCCAUCAACAGCCUCACCCGCCUUCAAUGGCCCCAGUGCCCCUGGUCAUGCCCUUGUCUGAGCGGCCUGGUAUCAGUGGGGGUGGAUUUCUCUCCCCUCCUUACCGUGAUCCACCCCCAGCCAAUGCAGUGCGGCCCCUUCAGAGGCAACUGAGCGCGGACACUGCUGUGGUUAAGAACCGCUGUGGUCCCCCUUCUGCAGGCUCUGCUAAGAACACAAGAGUGUUUAGUGUGGACAUCCCUGAGCAGCGCAGUGAUCCUCCCAAGUACCCAGGAGAAAAGAGUAGCCCCGUGGGUUGUGUUGGAGCGGGAGGAAGUGGAGGAGGUGGUGGAAUAGGAGGCUGUAACGGAAAUGGAAUGGGAAAUAUUAAUGGUGGAGGCGUGAGCUUAAAUGGGGGAGGAAUGGGAUGUAAUAGCGGGAAUGGAGGUGGCGCUGUAAGCUCUGGACAGCAGCAACAGCAGCACUUGGAAGUUCAGCCAGACUAUCAUAGCUCUGAGCACCGCCACUCCUUUCCUGCACUCUACUAUGAGGGUGGCAACGAAUCGCCUUCACCAUCCCAAAAGGCUUCGUUUCUCAAGCCACUUGGGCGCACCAAGAGGGAUGCCACAUCCGCCUACUCCCAGCUCUCACCUUCUCGUCACCACAACUACAACUCUGGCUACUCUUCCAGUCCAGAGUACUCAUCUGAGAGCACACUGCGAAUCUGGGAGCGAUUCCGACCUUACAAGAAAAGCCCUAGAGAGGAAGCGUCCUAUAUAGCAGCAGGGCAUGCUCUGCGCAAGAAGGUGCAGUUUGCCAAGGACGAGGACCUUCAUGAUAUUUUGGACUACUGGAAAGGUGUUUCCGCCCAGCAGAAGCUGUGAGCUGAGGAGCAAAGCUUAUGUCCUAAGGGAGAUUGUGGAAUGAAUGCCAACAGCAGACUACUGAAGAGGAACAUAUUAAUGUAGCAAGACAGAUAAUGUUUCCUCAGAGGUGUCUAGCGACACAGGUCAUUCAGGCGCUUGAUCAAGAAUUAAAGAGGUAUUCUCCUGGUGAUUUUUAAAAAUUGAUUUUGUGAAAAUUCAUUGACAUUUUCAGAGGCUGUUUCCAAGGUUGUCCUCUGUCUUCACCUCAACACGAAUGGUUUUUAACAAGAAUCCUGCCUCACCGUGGGCACUUUGGUCCUUUCAGGCUUCACAGACCUGUUGACUAAUCACUAAUGAGCAAAGGCGAGGUGAUGACAAGCAAGCGUCUUCUACCUCACUGCUGGCAAACUGGAGCUCAGCUAUCUCCCCAGAAACAGCACCCACCAUGACUUAAGCGCCAUCCGUUUUUUCUCUAAUCCCAUCAAGCCGUUAUUCACAAAACAAUCAUUCCAUGGCACGGCAGUACCUGCUCUCCUAUAGAAGGAUCAUUUAGGAUGGUAAUGAGGGAGUAGGGUGAAGAAUUAGGUGUGUUUUGUUUUAGAAAAGCCUGAAUCUCCCUCUUUAGGGAAGACAUUAAAUGAUACUUAUCAGGUUAAUUGUUCUUCCUGGCGAUUAGCCAGUGUGAGAAUAGUUCAGGAACGCUUUGUGUUGCGCACACUCAUUGAUUUGAAGCACCUACAAACAGAUGUUCAGUAGUGUACGGACAUGCACGUACAGUUUCUGCAUGCUUGAGUGAUUACUUGUGUGUGAAAGAGUAAAGUUUGGGUUGUCGGUGAGUCGUUUAUUAUUCUCAGGCUCAUCCAAGGUAGCAAAGCCUGUACAGCUAAUAUAUGGAUAACAACCAAGUCAGGAAGUUAUGAGUGAAUGUGAGUGGGUACAUGACUGUGUAUUGUCUGUUGAGAUAGCAUGAAGACCCGCAGGCGUUUUUGUCCCAUAGCCUAUUUCUUAUUUACAGUUGUAGCAUAUUUCUUUUCAUAAGGGAAGUUAUGAUAUGAAAAAUUUACAUUUCAAUAGUCCAAGUCUUGCAGAAAUUACUUUAGGUUGAGUUAUGCAGGUUUACAGGACAGCCAUUAGCUCAUAUAUUAAAGAAAAUGGUAAUCAUGUUUAGGAAUAGAGGCAGAUUAAGAUUAGGUAAGGGUUUACUGCAGCAGCAUCUCAUUUUUAACCAUUUCCCCAUUAUGCAGAGAGACUUCAGUGUAUUUUCAGUUGCCGUUGCAUCAACUGAAUGCAAGGAUGCACAGAACCCUAAAAACAAAAAAGUGAAAUGCUUCCACUGCUACGCGUUAAGAUGAAAUGAAUAAUAAGCAGGGUGAAGACCCCAGGGAUGUACUCUGACGCUACACUAUAUAUGACCAUCUUGUGCUCUGGGUGGAAGCUGGUAGCUCACUAGACCUGGACCAAAGUGCCCUUGGGAGGUAUGACUUUACAGGUUUCCAUUAUAAUCUUUUCCAUUGUGGUCAGCAAAGUAUAAAGAAAACAAAGGAAAGUUACUGCCUUGGUUUAAUUUGGUUUGUUAUUUAGGAUUAGGGUUUAAAACUGUGGUUACUACAAUGAAAAUGGAUUACAGGAGCAAGGCUUGGGACUAUUGUGGACAAAACAAGAGACUUUAAUGAUGCAAAAGCUUGUGUUCCUUACACUGAGCAUUCUGAUGAAACACAGAAAAACAAAUACUUCUCUCAGUCCUAUAAAUGUGAAAAAAACUGAGUAGUUCUUAAGUAAUUUUACCCCUAUCAAAGCUGUUAAAAUAUUACUUUGAAACAGCAUUUUUAUUUAAUUUUCUGCCCAAAUUUCUAUUAGAAGCUAUAAAUUCUUAAAAUGCAAAUAUAACUCAUUUCCCUCUGUUUUUCUGCCAACUCUGUCCAACUUAAUGGGAUAAAUUAAUGACUAAUUUGUGAAGGCUGAUGUUGUACCAUCAUCUGAGGUCAGAAAGCUCUGCUGAUAUUAUUAACUCUGCAGGAUUCAGAGCUUGACUGAAAUUAAUGACAGAUAGCCUUGUUUUGCUGUCUGUCUAUCCAUUGUUUCCUUAUAUAAUGUCUCAUCAUUUUGCAUUUCCCUCCAUUUACUUUAUCUUUUGCAGGCAGGAAUUAUAGUCAGACACUGGCCUGAAAAACUAAAAGUCAUUCACCUUCACCUGUGCAGGUGAAGGUGAAAUCGGGAUAUAACCUUCUGGGCUAUGUUCUUUCUGCUUUGAGUAUGAUUGGUCUGGAUUGGCCCGUUUGCUAGACAUGCAAGUAAUGCAUUCUUAUUUGAUUUUCCACAGGGUUUACUCUGAUGUCAUUGUUUUGAUAGGCUUGAAUCAAGCCACCAUUGAAAGUGUGAGUUUGAUGGGGCAUUUAUUUACUCUUUGACCUAUAAAAUGUUCGUCUAAAGAGUAGGCAGAGUCGCAGAGUUAGCGCAAAUGACCUAAAUCUGCUGUGAGAAAGAGAAAUGAUCAUGUUUAAAAGCAUUUAGGACAUGUCAUUUUAUUAGGGUUUUUUUUAACACUGCACUUUGUUCUGCAUAAAUUUUGUCCCAUCCAAAUAUGUUAUCAUUUGCCACCCUUUGUCACUAAAGAAAUGUCUGAUUGUAAUAUAUUUAAUUUGUCUGAAUGAAGAUCACCUUCACUUCCACUGCAGCAGUGUAAUGGCACAAUCUCUCAAAAACCUGGACCAAAAAAACAAAACAAAGACAAUUCAGAGAAUGUUUUUGCUUUUGAUAUUCUAUUAUUUUGAGUAGUAACUGGCAUUUCUGGCAUGUCAUCUGUGGCAGUCAGUCCAAUAGACCCACUGGUGUUCGCAAUGGGAUGUCAGUGGAAUGACAUUACUUUAUCAUUAGAUCAAUAGAACCUAAUUUGGGCGAGUGGUAGCGCAUAAAAAAAUCCACAGUGUGAAUUCCCUUGGGCACUCGGUUGGACUGCGUCCAUUUUUUAUAAAGUGCCUAGUGUUCUAUUUUUGCCUUUUGUUCAAGUUUCACUGGCAGCUCCCCUAUUUGUAACGUACAAAAGGAAUCACCAAUCAAUUAGUUUUAAAUUAGUACCACAGGCUAUGCAGGGGUAGAAGCUUUUAAAAAAAAUAAUGACUUCACUUGGAAGAAGAGGGGGAAUCGAGCUGAGGUUACCCUCACGUACCCCGAAGGCAUUUCUUUAGAUGUAAGAAAUAACAUUAGCUCAGUUAUUCAUGGAAUUAUUCAUAGUUUCCAAUUUUCCAUACUUCACACCAUUACCAAGACCAUUACUCACUUUUGUCCACCAGUCCAGUGUUUAUUUAAAUCUAUAAAAUUACUCUUUAACCAAGCUGUUCUCCAAGCAGACUUUAUUUUCCUCUACCCUGGAGAGGACUCCAUACAUGGUGACCAAGCCUUGCUCCUCUUCACUUCCACUGGGUGAUACUGACAAAUGUACAGAUUAUAUAACCUGGGAUUUGAUAAAGUGCGUCUUCUUUCCAGUCUGUGUAAUUAACCAUGGUCAUGUAUAAAAUCUUAGGCCUUUAGAAAUUAAAGGUAACAGGGAACAAUUGAGAAAGCACAGCUUGUGGCAGUCUCACAAGUCAAACGACCUUUACCCAGAGGAGAGAAAUUCAAGAGUACAAUUAAACUGGUAAUCAGGCAUUGUGUAUGCUCUGAACAAAAAUAAUGAAACCACUCGCUAGGCUUCUUUUUUUUAGUGCCACAAAACUGGCAUUAACGUCACGAUUCUAGUCCUAGUACUUUGGGAGGAAUGGCUCUGGUCUAAAAGCUUUUUAUUAACUUAAGAACUAGAAGGAUAGUUUCUAUAUGCCUCAAACAAAUUCACGGUGGUUUCUAGACAACAUCACUGGCUGCCUCGGGGAGUCAUUGCUACGCAAGUUUAGCUUCUUAUUUAAGUUUUGUACGUUUUUGAAGUUCAGGCUUAUUGAAAAACACAAAUCAAUAGUCAUGGAAAAUCACAGAACAACCCUGCUCAUUUCCUCCCUUCGGAGCUGUAGUUGUUCAAAAUGUGAACCUCAGGCACAGAAACCAAUGGGUUGCAAUGGUUCCCAGGGAAUGGCAGCGAGGUCUCUUUGCUCCUUUUUAAUUAAACUUAUGAAUCCAUAGGAUGAAGUCUGCAGUGGAAACACUGGCUUUGUUUUAAUGCUGUAAACAUUAAAACACUAUACGGAUAGCGUCUGGCUGAAGUAAACCCAGAAGAAUUCCUCCCUCUAUCCCUUUUUGCCUCUUUUUCCUUUACCAUUAUCAAGGUAAUGGACCACAGAAGCCUAUGCUGCAAAUAUAACUUUUUGCCCCUUCUCCUCGAGUUUAAUAUCACUGUAGAAAAUGGGAGUCUUGGGAGAGAAGAAUGUGCUACAGGAAAUGUAACGUCCCUAGAAUUUAAUCUCUAAACCUAUCUUGGCACAUUUAUCUGCAUUCUGCUAAACAAAGUAAUACAUUUAUGUUGUAAACAUGUAAAAUAUGAUACAUUUUUAGAUCAGAUUACAUUUCAGAAGCCGCAGUUUGGUGCAAUUUGAAGACAUGCAUUUUUUGUGUUAAAGCGUGAGACGUUGGGACAGUCUUGCUUUCCCGGGCCAGGCUUAAUUUACUGUUCAUUCUGAGCUCUCCCUCCCUCCCUGCUGCUCUUGGAGAUAUUUUUUUCACCUAUGCUUUAAUUUCUGUAUUUGUUUAUUUUACUUCAAAUGCUUUCUGAUAAACACAGUUUUCAACAUACUGAUCUAAGUAUGGUACAGGACCUGUAAUAAUGGAAAAGCAGUUCUCAGCAGGUCAGUGCUAUUCUCAUUUUAUCCACACUAAGUGUUACGUUUGGGUUAAACAAGUACAGACAGAGCCGUUGUACUUGGAGUUUGAGUUUUCAUGGAUUGUGAUGAAUACUAAUUGAUAGGCAGAGCCAAAGGUCCUCCAGUCUCACCACAGACUAUUUAGAAGCUGAAGUGAACGACCCACAAUCUGGUAAAUCAAGUUAUCUGUUGCAGAAGCUUAAGAUUUGCAUACGAUUAGAUAAGAAGUUUCUGAAGGCAAUUUUCUUAGACUUGGAGAAACUCCCACUUUCAAGAAGCACAGACUUUCAGUUAAAGUGUUUCAUGCAGUUCACCAUUGGUUUGGCUAGUUUAUCAGCCAAGCUACCAGUUACCUGAGAGCUAAUGAGGAAUUCACUGUGGUUUCCAGUCUAUCUGAUUGCAUCCAGAAACAUUUUAUCCUGCUCCUGCUGGAAAUCAAAAGUGAACCGAGAAGUUCCAGACUAUUUGACAUUCCUAAGUUUGUCUGGUGAUGCCAGGCUAGUUUUCCGCCCUGGAUGGUCACACUUACAUUAACUAUCAUUUCUGAUCUCUGCCAAAUAACAGUCACUUCUGCUUUUUUUCCCCCCACAUUUGACAAACACCAUGUCACACCCCUUUCAGAGGUGUCAGACUACUUCAUUACUUUCAACACUUUAAAUUUUAAGCACUGUGAAACUAUAUUGCUUGUUGGCACUGAGCGAGAAGCUCUGUGGCUUGUCUGUAUCAAAGUAGAGGCUACAUAGCAAGUCCAAACCCCCGAAGAACCCCAAGCUGACCUUUGGCUUUGGCUAUUUGACUGGCUCCACAGAGGAAGCAGGACUGUGAUUUUAAAAAUGUCUGUCUGCUGUUGAAGUUGAGUCGUCAGUUUGUUUAUUUAUUUGUGGGUUGACGGUGGAUCCGCUGACCUUUCGGCUCACUGUCAACCGAACGAGAGAGACUGACGGAGGGAGUUGCCUCGUGAAACCAACACGCAACAAAAACAGAAGAGUUUUUUACCGGUGGCCAACUGUGACAAACACACACUCUUACACAACUCCACAAAACACACAAACGCUAAUGUAGAGAAUCAAUGAAUAUACUGUACGUGUUUGAAUAGUUUAGAGUAACACUUUAUGGACAUAAAAUGUAAGAACACACACGACAUACACCUUCCCACACAUGAGCAUAUAUACCUACACGCAUAUGUACACAAAAACACCUUGGCGCACACACACACACACACACACACACGCACAGACCAUAUUCACACUUGCCUACACAAAACAUGGACUGAAUAUAUUUCUAUCCACGUUUACAGACACAUAUGGUCUUAAAAGUGCCAAAACGGCGAGUUUUAUAAGCAGAUGGAGUGGAACCAAACAUCUGUAGAAAUGAACUCAGUGUCUUUACAGGCCUAAGAGCCCGAGUGUCUGUUUUUGUUUCUGUAUUUACCUCCCUGUAUAAUUGGUGUUUCUUUUCUGCGCUGUUCCUGUUUUCGCUGUUGUAAUUCUCAUACUCUAUUCCAGUCUGUACUUCCUGUAGAAUGAAAUCACUUACUGUGAAUGUUAUGUUCUCGUGGGUCCUUCUGAUCUGUCCCACUUUGAAAUGAAUAUUCGUAGCGGUGACGUAUGUUUAAUCACAGAUUGUCUCACACCUGCAGGAGCCCUCCUGCUCUGCAGACACAGAUCAAAUGAGAGCACAAAAUAUAACCACAAUUAUUGUACGUGUGAAAAAGUAGGGUUUGGACAAUCAAAGUCUCUCUCUCUCACACACACACACACACACAGUCACACAGAGCCAUGUAGAAGAGCUGAUAAUAUGCCUGUCACACUGAAGCUUUCAUCACCGCUGGGCUUUUCAAGGACCUUGUUUCUCAGUCUUUAAAUCGAGGCAGUCAACUUCGGGAAGACAGAACUGCUCUGCUACUGGAAUGAGCAUUGCCACAAAAUUUGUAGGCACUUAAGAUAAAUUAGAGAUGCUUAAAAACAGUUAAUAUAAUGCAACGUGUUGUAAAAGGUGGGGGCUUCAAGGCAAUAUUUAGUGUGAUCACCUUUGUUCUUUAAAUUGGCACAGAUGUUUGUUACACUUCUUCAGUGUACUUGGCUGGUAGGUCCCCCAAAGCAUCUUUGAGUACUUGCCACAGUUCUUCUGCGGAUUUAUGCUGUCUCACUGUCUUCUGUCUUUUUUGUGUGACUUGAUGAUGUUUCCUGGGGCCCAUACAGCACCAUCUGUUGCAGGACUCCUUGUUCUUUUUUUGCCAGUGAAGAUAGUUUUGUUUUUCAAAUUUCUCAGCAGUAGGUUUGGAAUGUUGUCAUGUUUGCAAAGGGAACCAAUCAGAUGUAGUACCAGUUCUAAUUAACUUAAGUGUCUAAAGCGUCUGCACAGCACUGUACUGCACGUGCGUGUUUUGUGUCACAGCGACAGUGUGCAUGUGUAUGUAUGUAUUUUUUAUCUCAAUCAAACAACCUGUUGUGUCUGACAGUAAAGCUCUGCAUGAGUGUGUUCUUAUCAUUGGACUGGGUAGCAUUUAUAUCGCUCUGCGUGUGUGUCUGUGUGUGACUCAAUGUGUGUUUGAGGGAUUUUAUUAUGAAGGUCCGUUCUGUUGAGGGAGUGACAGCUGAGGCUGGGUAUCUGAAGCAUUUUUAAUUAAUCUGCCUUUCAUUCUGCAGGGCUCUCCAAUACGGCUGCACUCAUUCACCCGUGUGCUGCCACUCAUGCACACACACAGACACACGUAUGCACAUGCACACGGGCGUACACACAAGCAUAGAUUGUAAUUUUGUGCUGCCCUGUCAUGUGAUUUUCAUUCACAUGUAUGCAAUUACAAUGCACACAAUCAGCCAGACGCAGGUCUCACAUAUACAAUGACUGCUCUGUUGUAUUGUAAUUACUAUAAUUACAUACAUGUUCAUGCACCUCAUAGCCAGGUGAUUAGCCGCGCCAUACAUCACGUCCUCUCUUCCUGUUCGGCAGCACUCUGCCCUGUGUUGCCUGAUUACCAAAAGCCCAGCAGGUUAGCUUUCUCACACCAAGGCUGGUGUGCUAGUUUCCCCCACUACUGCUCUGCAGCAGGGGGUAAGGGGGAAAAUAGAUGUAGCCAGACAGCACACAGAGCUAGGUUAAGUAAAGGCAAGGCUCUGAAUUUUAGCGUUUAAACUCUAGUGUUAUUGUAACUGCAUCGCAGCUGUUUCCUGAUUCGAGUGAGCCAUGAGGAAAAGAAAAGAGGUUGAGGGAGAGAAAGGGAAGGGCAAACAAACUGCAAUGAACAAGAAACAAAUGCGACAAAAAGGACUGCGAAGGGAAGCCCAUCUAACACCUCAAGUCUCCAACACAAGUCCACAAAGUAAACUGUGGCACCUCAGCAUCUGUGCUAUUAGAUGCUCAUCUUAAUCUCCCACCGGUAAAUCCCUUUGUGUGAAUGACCUUGACACACAGCGCUGCAAACAACAGGCAGGAUUACACACAGAGUCUGCAGUUUAACUGUCUGGGUUUGGAGCUGACUGUCACAGAUAUCCUUGUGUAAGUCACUGAAGCUGAAAACAUCUGUGAUGCGCCUGCACAUUGGUUAGGUUGAGGCUGUGCUCUGCAUCUCUACAUAUAGAGGAUAAGGCUUGAAAAUGUUAUGCAUUUUUUUAGUCAGCAAAUUCCAUGAAAAGAUCAAAAUCUGUGUUUUUCCUUGUUUGAAGCAAAAGGAACGUCUUAGAGGAUCAAAUAUUACACAAAAAAUGGGAAAUUGGAUAGAAACUGCUUGCAUCAAUACUGCACAGCAGCUCACAGCACUGAGUAUAACAUAACUGAAAUAACUUUCAAAUACAGUAUGUAUCAAAAAGAAUCAUUUGACAAAGAAGCUAAAUAUAAAGUUGUUGGGUAUUUCUGGGUUCAAACAAGCACUUCUUAAAAACUAAAACAUACAGUUCUGCUGUCACUUCGGACAUAAAUGAAGACAGAAAAUGAAACAGCAGCGGUAAUGUUUGCAGGGUUAUUGAUGGCUAGCUACAGAGCUAUGGUUAGGAUAAUAUCCACACAGGAGCAGAGCGAAAAUAGAGGAUGAAUGUUAACUUUUUUCCACUCAACAAAAGUAAAGGUCCCUGAUGGGCAGAGACAAAUGAUAUCAUACGGCACAGAAAAGAUAAUGACCCAUCCACAACAUGAGGUUAGACAUUAAUAUGCUUUGUUUGGUCUUGAUGACUCGCCCUGAACAGUUCCUAAUCCUACGUUUCAUGAACCUAUUCAGAUCUUAGUCAGCCUGAGUGUCAUUCUUUCCUGAAACUUUCAAAUAUGUGGUGGAAAAGUGUGAGCUGUUGUUACAUUGUGAGUUUAGAAAAACUGAGCUUAAAGACACGUUGCACUUGAAUACUGCUAAUAAAAAGCCAGAGAGCCUGACAAUGACCACUGAUUAUUUUUAGGGGCUUGUUCGUGUAAAAAACCACAAGAUGCAAAACACUGCAAUGCAUUAAAAAGACAAAAGCCUUAAUGAACGCAGCAGGAGCUUGGUCCCAGAAGUAGUGUUGUUACAUCAUCAUUUAACAAGCAGAUGCUUUAGCAAGCAUGUCUGGAGUCAUUGUACCCACAGCUGCCAUUAUGUUACCUAGCAGCAAUCAUGUGAAACUUAGGAUGUUUUAAUUCUUACCUGUUGCCUUUGAAAUUGAAUAAUUCUUUUUGAUUCACCCUGUAUUUUGAGAUUCUGGUCCUCCUCUUCUUACAAAGGAGAGAGUUCCCUUUGCUUGUGGUGCUGCAUCAAAACACUUCUAAACUGUGUGUAAUCUAAACUGCAGUUCUGUCAGGACCACUGCAGUCAACGAAGAUUGAUCUCUCCAUCUGCAGUAAUUCAUAUUUGUUCGCAUGGCCCUGUUCUGUGAAACUCUUUGUGCUCAUAUGUGGAAGGGGGCAUGUAUGGAAAGCUGAAGGGGAGAGAACAGAGCAGGCAUGACUGACAAAAGAAAUGACGCAGAUAAAGUCAGAUAUUGAUGGGAGGAGCUGAGGUGGGUUCAUGUAAGCAGCAAAUGUAUGCAUGCUAAAGGAGAUGAAAUAUGGGCACUGUGUUAGACAAUUAGUGUGACACCUUUCUUCUCAUCUAAUAGACUACAUUCAUUUUGAUUUAGUUUAGUCAUAGUCUUUUGAUUGAAACAUCAUUUAGUUUCAAAAUUCUUUUAGUUUUAGUUGACUAAUAAAUAUCAUAGAUUAUAUUAGAUUAAAUCUAAAAUUAAUUCAAUUGACUAAAAAAAAGGAAAAGUUCAUCUUGUUUUCACUGAGAGGCUGAGAGUUGUUCCACAAAGCUUCUAUUCCAUCACAUAAAAUGUUAAAUGUGUGCGUAUGGCGACUCUUCUCUUCCUCACAAGCGUUGACAUUUUUCCGUGUUGUCAUCCCCCCACAAAGAAGAACAAGUUGUCUAAUUCGUGCUUAUCCUUACGACACAAGGAGAUUACUUCUGAUUACUUCCACAACUUAAGUAAUGAUUGGAUCCUCCCUGCAGAAUAUUGUCAUCUCUUUUUUCAUUUGUUGACGAAAGUGUCAGUACAUUUCAGCACAUCACAGUUUUUGUCCUCUUGCAUUAUUUUUUUCAGCUAUCAUCUUGUUUUUGUCAGUAAAAGAAAGGUCGUUGACGAAAAUUAUUAGUGGCAAAGAACACAAAUAUACAUCCUGAUUUUAAAAGGCAAAAAAAGUUCAGAUCAUAGACACCUGCUAAAAUUUGCAAACCACAGUGCAAGUUAUAACACUCUGAAUUCACAUCCGUAUCUGACCCUAGGUGUUAUUUUUCUUUUAACACCGAUGUGUUCUGCAAAAAUAACAGCAACAUGAAAAGUAACACUUCACUGCCAGCUGCCUUUUAGCCAGAGAGAUAUUCAUGUAGCAGAAACUUGAGGUAUCCCCCACUUGAGACGCUAAUAAAACAUGCAGUUAUGUAAUUGUUUGACAUUAUAGUCGAAAUUCAGUCCCAGCAGAACGAAGUGCACAGCACUGAAAUAUUAAGAAUAGUGGGGGGGGGGGAUGAAAACACCGAUACACCCCCCCAUUGUUCCUUUUACAUCACUUAAAUAAGAAUUGCCUUGGCAAUUACUAACUCCAGAACAUGAUCUGAGGGAAAUGCAUUCAAGCUUUUGGUUACUCCCUGGGGCAAACAAAUGCUGCAGAUUUAAUAACAGGCGUUCAAAUACAGAGAGCAGUGGAAGGCAGCUCUUAGAAAGCGUGCUGUUGUUCAGCAGAGGAAAGCCAUGACUAUCCUGCUUAUACUGGAUUUUGUGCAUGUAGGGGUCAACUAUACUGAUUUGCCUCAGACAAUCUUGAAUCAGCGGUAUCCACUACCAAAUGGUAGUAGAUACCAUUUGGUCUCUUCAGUAAGCAAUUUUCUGCAUUUGAAAGGAUAUCUUUUACACCCCUCACAGAAAUUGUCUGCACUUGUCUGGCACUCACAAUAUAUAUGAAUGUGGAAACAGCGGUAACGCUGCUGGCAGCCAGACUUUCAAGGUGAAAAAAGGGGAGCUCUCUUUAUUCAGCAUGUGUUAUUCUCUCUUCUUUUGGGUUUUUUCUCCAGAUUAUUGAUGACCUUAAGAAAAGAUGUACAUUAGCAGAGUUUUUUGAGUAUGUACAGUGUACAGAUCAAUUCUGAUGAGCUAAGACUCGCCAAACUUGAGACAUGUUGUCUCAAGCUCAAUUCAGUUACUUUAUGAUUUUUGCAUGGCAGCCAUCAAUUAUAUGGCUUUUCUGUGUGUUGCCAUGUAUUUUUUUACAAGGUAAAUCCUCAAUUUCUCAUGACCUGAAGCAUACAUCUUUUGCGUACUUUUUGCAUUUUUGGAUGGUAAAAGAGGCUUAAAAGAGGCUGUGAAUUAAAAUUCAAAUUUUUUCUUUGCUACCAAACUUCACUGGGUCUGAAAUUCCAACUGAAAUCAUAACAUCCUAUUUGUCCGUUAUGCAGGACAUGUUUUAUGUCUGCAUCGCUCACAGUGCUGCAGGUCAGUGGUUCAUUGUGAUGUCGAGCCCAGCAAUCGAUUACAGGCAGCGGCGGCGGUUGCCGGGGGCGACGGGCGGAACAGUCAAGGUUGCUAGGUAGCAGAUAAGAACACUGGCUCUCAUUAAUUGCCUUCUGCCGCCGUGGUGGGGAUGGUACAGGGCAGCUGAUACUGCUGAGGUAUGCAAGCAGAAACACUUGCACACAUCCAAAUACACAUCGAGUGUGUGUACACCUACAGGCACAUCACUACUAAGAAUUUAAUGACCUUUUCACACCAGCAUUUAUCAACUGAGCGCAUGGGAGGAAGGAUCGAAUUAGAGAAAAAGAGAGCAAUAGAGGGGGACCAAAAACAAACAAACAAAUCCAUAAGCAGCAGGAGUGUGAUGCUUCACCCCCUGGCCAAGAUUUGUAGAGCAUCACAUUAACUAUUAUUACUUAUGAGGUAAGACUAUACCCUGCCUGUGUGUGGAUCAGUCUGGACACUUGUGAAAAUGUUGCAUCAGAAUCUCAAAUAGGCAGGCAUCAAACAGUGCUCCAGGCAAUCCCAUCUUUUUCAUUUCAUUGACAUGGCAUAUUAUUACCUUCACAUCUGAAGACUAAUUUGGAUCACUUUUUCUAGAAAAUUGCUGCCUGGAGGCUGUAAUACCAAACCCAUCAGGUGCCGUCAGAGGCGUAAUCUCCGAAAUCCUCUGACAUUCAACUUGGAGUAGUUUGAUUUGACAGGACAGUCUUAAUGUUUGUGUCCUGAGCUGCUCUGUGGAAAACAGCACAGCACCUUGGGGUUUUUUUUUUUUAUUGGCUCUAAUUUACAAAGCUGGUUCAUUAAAGUAGGCAACGGUUUACAUCUGUCUCUCUUUUGUGAAAAGGAGUCUGAUUAAACAAGCAGCCGUCUCAGUGUUUUUAUAACCCUCUAAUGUAUAAACCUGCCAGAUUAAAUUAAAAGCAUACCUCUCCUGUGUAAAACACUGAAAGUAGAACACCGUACAGCUGUCUUUUUAACCAGCUAUCAGUGUGUGUUGCAUUUUCAUGAAGGAAAGAAAAAGUGGCCACUUUCUGAGCUUGAUUACAGCACGAAUCUCGCCACACCUUACCCUGACAACUUAGCCACUCUCUACUUCUGACUUGUGGAAAAUGAAUCAUCGGUUCACGACCCUCACGUUGCUUAUUAAAGACACGGCUGUCUUCCACAGCUCAGUGUUGCUUUGUGGCCGGAUAAAAGCUCAAUAAAACCUUUUAGCUUAAGCACAGUGGGAGGAAGUUAAGCCCCCAAGACUUGUGUUCUUGGCUUACAGAGAGGGAUAGAGGAGUGAGAGCGGAGUGUGCAAAGGACGUUGUGUACCAGUCUUUGCCUGAGUAGUGCUGUUAAAUACUGUUAGGCUUGUUGUCUUUCUGUCUGUCACACUCUCUCAGUUUCACCUGUUACUGUUUCAGAGGCAAUGAUGCUGGUGGGGUAACACUUAAAGAGAGGUGUCUGUGGAUUAGACGAAUACAUCGAAUGGGCAGAAACCAGAGACAUUGUGGGACAUUUGGAUUAAAUUCACAAUGGACAAAGAUGGAAAGGAAGGAGUUGGUUAUAAAGAAUAAAACUUAAGCUGAUGGAAGGUUGAGUUGAUGGCCGUAUAGGGGGAAAAUGAAGUAAAAGUGAGGUAGAAAGGUUUUCUUGAAACUUGCUACAAGAGCCUAUCCCAGCUGUUGUAAAGCAAAAGUCAGGGUUCACAGAUUGGUGGAUAUACCUGUUCAUAAUAAAUUCAGAGGCAGAGCAGAGGGAUGGAAAUGGGAAGUCCAAGUCUAAAUAAGAUUAAUAGUACAGAUGUUUAGAAAGCAUCUUCCCAUAGGUGUUUAUGUUAUUGAGGCAAAAAGUGACAUGGAUUUGGGAGGAUGACUGAUCCGCAGUGAGUCCCCAAAUCUUUAUUUGCAUGACAGCAGAUCAAAAACGAGAAUUUAAUGUAGCAAACUCAUAUAUAAGUAGUUUAUAUCAAAGAACCAAGGUAGGUAGAUCAAGAAAAGUUGAGAGAAGAUGGACAUGGAAAAAGAUGGCAAUGUGGAAACAGUGAGGUAGCUGCAAAUAAUUGGAUGUCAGAGAGACGCUAAGAGGAAUAAGAGAGGGGAACCAUGUUGAAGAGGGUGAUUGGAAAAGAAGAUACUAAGAGCAGCAUUAGAGUCAAUGCUCCAAGCUUGGAAAUUGCUGUUGUAAGAUAAGGGCGGAGAAAAAAGAGGAGAAGGAGGGGCAAAGAAAAUCAGAAUGAAAACCGACUGGAGAGUACCGCGGAGGGAAAAGAUUAGACUUAACUCACAUCCUGUGGGAUAUCGGUUCAGAGAUGAGCACAGAAACAGAUAGGAGGUAGUUAAAAAGGGGACUGCCGAAAUCUGCAUCUGACAAUGCUGUUCUCAUUAGUUUUGUGGAAAAAGGAAGAAAUCUGUGAUGUAUGAAUGAAAGUAAAAGAGCAAAAGCAGUGCAGAGGGUGAUGGAUGGCUGAAAGGUUGAGGCAGUAUCUUGUGAGGCUGAGGUACCACUCUGCCAUUCCCCCUUGAAUGCCAUCCAUAACUAAAGAAACGUUCAAGUAGCUGUGACAUUUUCAUAUAAAUCAAUGAAUGUUUGCUGUUCUCUAUCUACACGUAAGUGAUAAAAGCCGAGGUUUGCUCUGGAUAAAUCUGGCAAACAGAAUGUUGAGCUUGGCUUUUCUGACAGAUGGAGAUAAAGAGGAGAAAAAACACUAAAGGGGGCAGAAAAUUGAACUUUAUCAAGAGAAAAUUCAGAGAAGAGCUGCAUACAACUAAUUGCUUGGUGGUUUUUCAUGUAACUCGCUGCAUUAGGUAAUGUCAUGUUAUUUGAUUAGAAUCUUUUGAUACUGGCACUAUGUCUAUGUGAUCUGUGAUAAAAUUGCAGUUUUCUUUACAAGUGUAACUUCAUGGCAAGCCACCUCUUCUGGUUGUUAUACAGUCAUAUGAAAAGGAAAAACAGAAAAAAAGUCAGAACCACCUUUGGACGCAAAGCUUAAACUAGUCAUCCGCUACAGUUUAUUGAGGCUUACAGGCAUGUCUUUAGAUCCAGUUUGAACACCUCGGGAUUUUUUUUUCAGGCUUUCCAUUUAGCACAGGGGUCCCCAAUCCCAGUCCGCGAGGUCCGGUGUCCCUGCAGGUUUUAGAUCUAACCCUGGGUCAACACACCUGAAUCACAUGAUUAGU